CGGAAGGGAAGGAAGAGAAAGAGGCGGAAGGGAGUGGAGUGCGCGGUUAUCCGGGCGGCCAUUGCGAGGUACCUUGUACGUUAAAGUCGCGAGCGCGAUCCCGAGUGUCGUGCGACACGCAAGCGAAGAAAUCCAGGCGGAUCGACUGUCAUCCUCGUGAUAAGGUGCUCCGUGUGAGGCCCGGGACGCGCACUAGACUCCGGCCCGAUGGCUGAAACCGACAAGUUAAACAUCGACAACAUCAUAGCUCGGCUCUUGGAAGUACGAGGAGCAAGACCAGGCAAAAAUGUUCAGUUGACAGAAGUUGAGAUUAGAGGAUUAUGUCUCAAGUCACGUGAGAUCUUUCUAUCACAACCCAUUCUUUUAGAACUCGAAGCACCAUUGAAGAUAUGUGGUGAUAUUCAUGGGCAAUACUACGAUUUGUUGCGAUUAUUUGAGUACGGUGGUUUUCCUCCCGAGAGCAACUAUCUUUUUUUAGGAGAUUAUGUUGAUAGAGGGAAACAAUCUUUAGAAACUAUUUGUCUCCUUCUUGCCUAUAAAAUCAAAUAUCCAGAAAAUUUUUUUUUGUUGAGAGGAAAUCAUGAAUGUGCAUCCAUCAAUAGGAUAUAUGGAUUUUAUGAUGAAUGUAAACGUCGUUACAACAUUAAACUAUGGAAAACGUUCACCGAUUGCUUUAAUUGCCUGCCAGUUGCCGCGAUAGUAGAUGAAAAGAUAUUUUGCUGUCACGGAGGCCUGAGUCCAGAUUUGCAGAGCAUGGAGCAAAUCAGACGUAUCAUGAGACCAACAGAUGUACCUGAUCAAGGAUUGCUCUGUGAUUUAUUAUGGUCUGACCCUGAUAAAGACACUAUGGGUUGGGGCGAAAACGAUCGUGGUGUAUCGUUCACAUUUGGCGCAGAAGUCGUUGCCAAAUUUUUACACAAACAUGACUUUGAUCUUAUAUGUCGUGCACAUCAGGUGGUGGAAGAUGGUUAUGAAUUCUUUGCUAAACGGCAAUUGGUGACAUUAUUCUCAGCUCCGAAUUAUUGCGGCGAAUUUGACAAUGCAGGUGCCAUGAUGUCAGUAGACGAAACUCUCAUGUGCAGUUUUCAGAUUUUAAAACCAGCCGAUAAGAGAAAAUUCACUUACGGUGGUUUGAAUGCGGGACGGCCAGUGACACCACCGCGAGGCGCAAAUAACAAAAAUAAGAAGAAGUGAAAUCCUUAGACUUGUCUUUUCAAAUGGGAUGCUUAGGAUUUUGCAAUUGCUAUUCCCCGACCCACCAUCUAUUAAGACGUUACGUCCUUGUAAGAAAGAGUGAGAGAGAGAGAGAGAGAGUGAGAGAGAGGGAAAGAGAGAAGAAUUAUAAUAAUAAUUAUUAUUAUUAUAAUUAUAUUAUUAUUAUUAUUAUUAUUAUUAUUAUUAUUAUUAUUUUCAAUUGACUAUGAAGCCUGCAGAAAUAGUAGUAAUAAUGAAUCGGGACAAUUAUCAGAAAAUCCGGAGAGGCGUUGCUUUUCACAGAGUUUGUCGAAAGUAGUAAAUGAUAGAGUAUGUUUGUAGCUAAAUGUGUUACUGUAUAAAAUAGUAGAAAACCUGAUCUAUCAACGAUAAGAUUAAAAAAGAUUGUGUGCAAGAUUGCCAAUAACAUUCUUAACAAUUGCAAGGUUGAAAAAUAAGCAAAAUGGCACCAAAACUCACCACAAUUCUUCACAUUAUCUCUCAAUAAUUAAUCUCAUAUUAUCUUGGGGUUCAUUUUUCAUUCAUUCAUCAGUGUUAUCAGCAUUAAUUUGCCAAGAAGACCUCUUUCAAUCAUUUCGCGCUGUGACAAAAAUCGACGUGAUAAUUAUAUUGCAAAAUCAUAUACAUAUGCUGCUCUCACUUCAUUUCAUUAUGUAAGUACGCUGUUAAUGAAAAUAUCGAUAUACAAGUAAUAACUAGAGCGAUUGCCUAGACUUAAUUCUUUAAAAUAUAAUAGGUAUUUAUAUAGCUCGAUACUUCUGUAAGUUGCACAAAUUUGUAAACGACUUCUAUUACAUCAUACGUACUUUUAUAAAUAUACAUUUAUAUAUGAAUUGUGAAAUACAGAAAGAAAUAGAUGGACGGAGAGAGAGAAAAAGAGAGACAAAAAAAUAAGUUUCGCUUUAAAAACAAGUGUCAAAAACGUUUAAUGAACUUCGAAUGUAUACAUUAUUGUCUUAUGACGAAAAUAAGUACUUGUAUUGUGAUUAUUAUGGUAGCAAGGCUUCUCUGGAUUAAUUAAUAUCAACGACACUACAUACAAUAUCUGUAAACGCGAGAAGAUUAAUCGUAUGAUUAAUAAAUACAUGCGAGAGCGCACAUUGGUAUCACUUUAUGAUAGGCGUUUAAUUAUGAAAUAAUACGGAAAGAAAGAAACGUGUUUUUUUACGAUCGAGGGUUUUCCAUCUCUCGAUCAAGACAGUCCUGUAUGAAUCGAAUCAUUACUAUUGUUAACAUUAUCCAUCUUCCUCGCUUUCCACACAUUCAUUUUAUUUAGUUUCCCUACUGCAUCUCUAUCUUCAGCAUUUCCAUUAGCCAAUGCACAGAGUACAGAUUCAUCCUCGAUAAUAUAAAAAAAAAAAAA